CGGCUCAGCUGAUGCCCGCAUCGAUGCAGCUAGCUAGCUAGCUAGCGUAGCUGGUAACAGGCUAGCAGAUAGAGAGCUAGCUUAGCUAGGGUGUUAGCGGUAGCAGUACCGCUCGGCUCGUUAAAUCACACGAUAGCCGGUUGGGCAGCGACUCUAAAUGUCAUCGAUGUAGCCGAUGUCUUGUUCAUAACAUGCCCGCGGUGUGAGAAAGCGAGGCCGGGGCAUUCGAGGCAGGGUUUUUGAGGUUGAAUUGACUGCAGCGGGGGGAAGAUGUGCAAUGGAAUGACAGAGUCAAUACCCGAAGCCUGUCGGGCCCACACCUCAGCCACUGAGAGGUUCUUUCUGUUGCUGCUGGUGUGGACUGCAGUGUCCCCUGGGCAGGGAUCAGAAUGUGUGAGGCCGUAUAUGGUCCCGAACAGCUGGGUAAACCUCACAGAAAACAACAGGGGCUCGUUCCCCGCGGGCACGGUGCUGCAGUACAGCUGUGACCCCGGUUACCUGCCCGACGGACCCAGCGUCCUCACCUGCGGCUCAACGGGACACUGGACCUCCGAUCCUCCUCACUGCAUACGCAGCGGUGCGUGCUUGCCCCUCUCCAAACCCCAAAACGGGGGCUACACCUGCCACCCGUCGCCCUGCCGGAUGUUUUCCCAUGGCACCGUGAUUGAGUUCUUCUGUGAUGAGCGCUUCGUUCUCAGUGGGGACUACAACUACCUGACCUGUCAGGACGGGCAGUGGGACGGGCCCAUGCAGAUCAGUUGUGUGAGCCAAGGUUGCGUAAGACCCUCUACCGUCCAGCAUGGCUCAACCAACCUGACCGACAGCAACAGGAGCUUGUUCCCCGUGAGCACGGUGCUGCAGUACAGCUGUGACCCCGGUUACCUGCCCGUCGGAGCCAGCUUCCUCACGUGCAACCCAAUGGGACGCUGGACCUCUGAGCCCCCCCGCUGUAUACGCAGUGAUGGAUGUAUACGACCCUCGACCGUCCAGCACGCCUCUACUAAUCUGACGGACACGAACCGGAGCUCGUUCCCUGUGGGAACCGUGCUGGAGUACAGCUGUGACCCCGGUUACCUGCCGGACGGACCCAGCUUCCUCACCUGCUCCACGCUGGGACACUGGUCCUCGGAACCUCCCCGCUGUAUCCGCACUGACGUGUGCCAGCCUCCAUUCCAGCCGGAGAGCGGGGGCUACACCUGCCACCCGGCCCCAUGCCAAAGACUUUCUCAUGGCACUGUGAUUGAGUAUUUCUGUGAGGAAGGCUAUGUUCUGAAGGGAGACUACAAAUACCUGACCUGUCAGUACGGAGAGUGGGACAGCCAGGUGAAGGUCAGCUGCCUCAUGGAGCAAGGCCGCAGUCCAACUUUACCGCUAGGGAUGCCGGCCUUGUCCAUAGUGGCAUCCACUGCCAGCUCAGUGGCCCUGAUCCUGCUCCUUCUGGUGCUCUUUGUACUUCUACAGCCGAGACUCAAGUCCUUCCAUCGACGUGAUCACGGUGUGUCCGGCCAGCGCGUGUCCAUCAUGGUGGAAGGAGUCCAGGUGUCUCUGCCCUCGUACGAGGAGGCUGUGAGUGCGUGCGGGGCCCCGGCCUCGCCUCUCGCCUGCGAGUCUCGCGUCCCGAUCGUGCUGUCCGAGGGUCAGCGGGCCACAGCGCCAGAGGCAGGCGCCGCCAGGCCUUCAUCCCGCAAACGGCAGCAGCAGCAGCAGCAGCAGUCAGAGAUGACCGCCGUGCCAUCGUCCUCCUCCUCCUCCUCCUCACCAUCAUCCUCUACCCGGGGCCUCGAGCACGCAGGUGCUGCCGCGCCUUCGUCCUCACAAAGGAGGCCGUCUGCAGGCGGUGAGCAACACAGCCCGUGUCUGGACUCUGAGAUGGACUACUCUGAUGACAUGCCAUUGCUGAAGGAUGCUUAAACAAUGCGGCCAUCCUUUCGGAUUCCCCUCCCCCCUCCCCCCCCCGAGGCAUCCAGCGCUGCUACGGACCCGUUCUGCCGAGCCGGACGCCUCGCGAGAGAUUGUCAACACAGCUGUCGAAACAGACGAGGCUCCUAGUGAAGCUGUGAGUUUCUCAGAUCAGUUCCUCUGUCCAUCCCGAAGCAGGCUGCACGUGUACAUACAUGCUUUUCAUUUAGUGUUUUGCUACACAACGUGUGAACGUCCAAUGUCCGGAGCUCGAAGGUUUACAAAAUGUCGGAGAAAAAAAACGGAAAGAACAGCCAGCGUCUGCAGGAGUGUGUCUUCGCAAAAGAAGGACGGAAGCUUUUCAGUUAAAUGGGCAAACGUUUUUUUUUUUUUUGAGAGCUAAUAAGCUCUUUAGUGUCUUGGUUGCUGUUACUUUUCUUUUCCCGCCAAUCGCACCAUUCGAGGCACACAUUGGCAAAGCUGCAUGAAGUCCAGGUGGUCUACAUUUUGUCCAAGUCAUGCACACAAGUUUUUAUUUAAAAUUUUUGAUUACAGAUCACUGUUUCAAAAUGUUGUUAAUCAUGACUCACAUCGUUGCAGAUGCCACUGUACAGUUUGAGGCUGCUUUUCCCUUUGCUGUGUUCUUCAUCGGAUCGAGGGAAAACAUUUUAUGAGGCUACGUUUGACAGAUCUUGGGCUCACGUGUAGUCUCUCCAUAGCCUUGUCCUCAAUGGCCUUAGCUUUCCACUUCUAUGCACAGGUAUCUAUAAUAUGUAUCAUAAGGAGUUUUAAAAAUGAAUGCUGGUUUAAAAACCUCCACUGCUUAGUGAUUUAAUGUGUGGCUUUGUCAGACACAUCACUUGCACACCAGAAAAUAUGAUUUAAUUUAUUCAGACUGCUUGUACAUUGUAGAAAGUAAUGUAAAAUAAUCGUAAUGUUUUAAGUUAACAACGG